AUGCCUUUGUUCUUCAAGAUUUCCCUCUUUUUCUUCUUUUUCUUCUUUUUCUUCUUUGUUAGUUCAUCCUCCCCUCUUGAUAACAACCACCCAUUGGUGUCUCUCACUCUAUUUGAACUCACUCAAGUAACAAACAUAGUCAAAAAUUCCUAUUUUCCCCUCAAUGUAACUUUUCAUUACGUUGGCUUAAACGAACCAAACAAACAAUUAGUCCUUUCAUGGCUAUCAUCCACUCAUCAUCCUGCUCUACCUCGCGAAGCUAUUGUUAUAACUCGAAUUGAUCAAAAAACACAUGAAAUCAUCGUAGACUUAUCGAGUGUUUCAAUUUUAUCAGAUAAAAUCUAUAAUGGACAUGGCUACCCCAUGCUUACAUUACAAGAGCAAACAGUUGCCGAUGAGUUACCAUUAUCGUAUCCACCAUUUAUAUCGUCCAUUAAAAAGAGAAGGCUGAAGCUAAAAGAAGUCGCGUGCCAAGGCUAUCCUGUUGGAUGGUAUGGAGAGAAAAGGAAGAGUACUAAUAGAAUGGUUAAAGUCAUUUGCUAUUACUUAGAUGGAACAAUUAAUCUUUAUAUGAGACCUAUUGAAGGAAUUACAAUUAUUGUUCUUCUUGAUCAAAUGACAAUCGUGAGUUAUAUUGAUCGUUUGAUUGUUCCUGUCCCUAAAGCUAAUGGGACAGAUUACAUGGGAUCAAAGCGGUGGAGAUCAUCUCAUGAAUCCAAUUCAAUAAAAAUAGUGCAGCCUGAUGGACCAAGUUUUACUCUAGACAACGGAAACACAGUGAGGUGGGUCGAUUGGAAGUUCCAUGUAGCGUAUGACAUGAGAGUGGGAAUAAUCAUAUCACUAGCAUCGAUCUUCGAUGCUGACAAGGAGGAAUUUAGAAGUGUCUUGUACAGAGGAUUUGUGUCUGAAGUUUUUGUGCCAUACAUGGAUUUGACUGAGGAAUGGUACUAUAGGACUUAUUUCGAUGCAGGUGAAUAUGGAUUUGGUCUAUGUGCGGUAGAGCUUGAAGCAUCAAAGGAUUGUCCAGAGAACGCGAAGUUUAUUGAUGGCUACUUCAUUUCACAAGAUGGUACUCCAGGAAAAAUGCCUAAUGUAAUUUGUAUAUUCGAACGUUAUGCUGGAGAUAUCAUGUGGCGCCAUACAGAGCUUGCAAUUCCUGGAAAAGUGAUACGAAAGGUUAGACCGGAGGUGAGCCUGGUGGUGAGAAUGGUAUCGACUGUAGGGAAUUAUGAUUACAUUACUGACUAUGAAUUCAAACAAAGUGGCUCCAUCAAAGUCACGGUUGGGUUAACUGGUCUACUUGAAGUAAGGGGAUCGAUAUAUACUCAUAACGACCAGAUAAAAGAAGAAGUGUAUGGUACACUAAUAGCAGAAAACACUUUAGGUGCAUAUCAUGAUCAUUUCUUUACCUAUCACCUUGAUUUAGACGUAGACGGUCAUGAAAAUUCCUUUGUGAAAAAUAACUUAAAAACUAGACGCGUGAUCAAUAAAAGUUCAUCAAGAAAGAGUUAUUGGACAGUUGUUAGUGAAACAGCUGAAACAGAAUCAGAUGCAAAGAUUCAGCUAGGUUCAUCACGAGGCGCCUUUGAAAUGGUAGUGGUGAACCCCAACAAGAAGACUGAGGUUGGGAAUGAAAUAGGCUACUGUCUGAUCCCGGGUGGAUCUGCAACAAGUCCAUUGUUAAGUGACGAUGAUUACCCACAAAUCCGCGGAGGUUUUACCAAGUACAAUGUGUGGGUAACACCUUAUAACAAGUCUGAGAAAUGGGCAGGAGGAUUAUAUACUGAUCAAAGCCAUGGGGAUGAUACAUUAGCCAUAUGGAGCCUCAGGGAUAGGGAAAUCAAGAACAAGGAUAUUGCAUUAUGGUACACAUUUGGUGUUCAUCAUGUACCCAAACAAGAAGAUUUUCCAAUUAUGCCAACAUUAAGCACUGGUUUUGAGCUCAAGCCUACUAAUUUCUUUCAGCAUAAUCCAGUUCUUUAA